AUGAAGGAAUCAGACCAAACCAAGGAUAACCCCCUGACGUUGGAUUUCGACCAAUCCUGGGGUUCAUUCGGAAAACCGGCUGCACGUCUUUGCCUCAACACCUUAGAUUUCUCAGACCUCUGGGACGAGGAAGACAGUACCGAAGACGAGGGUUCCAAUUCCACCAAUGAAUUAUCGACGGGUUGCCUCCAAGCCCCUCCAGCACCCCCUCCUCUUCCUCCCCCUCCUCCACCUUUGACCUUGCCCUCCCAUAAAGGUGCAUCCACCAAAUCUCAUACCUUGAAGCUCCACUGGAGGGAACUGCCGAGUUUAGCUCCACUUCCCAGGAUGACGCGCUUUGGGACUCAGACUAUUUGGGCCGGGCUUGAGCCGGUGCAUUUGGAUACAAACAGGCUGGAGUACCUGUUUGAAUCUAAGGGCAGCAGCACCACUUUUAAUGUGGCUUUUGGGAGGCAGAAGCAGCCAUCAGUUUCAGUGUUGGGGAUGAAGAGGAGUAACAUCAUAACCAUCGCUCUGAGCAGCCUCCCCCCUUCCCGCCUCCUCCCCCCUGCCAUCUACAGCAUGGACAGCAGUGUGCUGGACAGAGACGACCUUCAGCGGCUUAAAGAGCUAAUUCCAACAGAAGAGGAGCUGAGUCUGAUCAAGGAGGCCAAGGCCCUGAACCCCCACUCGCCUCUGGCCCCCGCCGAGCUCUGCCUGCUCACUUUGGGGGAAAUACCACAUCUGAACUCCAGGCUUCAGCUGUGGGCCUUUGCGCUGGACUACGACUCGUUAGAAAGGGAAGUUGCUGAGCCUCUUUUCCAUCUGAAGUUGGCCAUGGAGCAGCUUGCAGCCAGCCAGACCUUCAGAUGUAUUCUAGCAACCGUGUUAGCGAUUGGUAACUUUCUCAAUGGAUGUAAGGCCCGUGGUUUUGAGCUGAGUUACCUGGGGAAGCUUUCCCAGGUGAGGGACACGUACACUCGCCAACCUCUUCUGCUUCACGUCUGUGUGUUACUGUUGCAACUUUACCCACAAUCCUCUGACCUCUACUCGGACAUCACCGCUGUUACUAAAGCUGGCAAGUUCGACUACUCCCUAGUGCAGUCCAACCUCUCCCAGCUGGAGGCCCUGUGCAAAGCAUCAUGGGAACAGCUAAAGAUUUUAGACAAGGCAGAGAAGAAGACAAAAGAUAGAAAUGAGAAGAAGAGAGGAGGAGGAAGUGAUGCUUUGGCCUCAGAGGGCUCGCUUCGUCACCGGCUGCCAAAGAUUUUUAAAGAGUGCGAGGAAAGGCUGAAGGUCCUGAAGGCCGUCCAUCGGCGGGUCAUCAACAGGUUCCACUCUUUCCUCUUAUUCCUGGGCUACUCCCGAGCUAUGGUGAGAGACACGAAGGCGGAGGACUUCUGUAAAACCAUCAGCAACUUUUCCUUGGAGUACAGGAGUACAAAACAGGCCGUCCUCAUGCAGCGAGAGAGGGAAUGCCAGAAAAGUGGAUCAGAGAGCCCAGGCCCUAACACGCCUGUAGGCCGGAGGAAACGCCAACAAACUCCAGCAGAGGAAAAUGAAGAGCAGUGUAAGCUGGAGGAAGUUCUGAAAACACCUGAUUUCAACCUGAGACUGGAUUCCAGUUUGCCUCGAAACCGCAGGAAGGUCACUGACAUCACAGGUCCAUUCUCACGGAAAAUGAAGUGGUGACCCUGCUGAUACACUUUAGAGAUGUUCAGUCGCUAUGUUGGAACCAAGUUGUUUGUAAUUAUUGUUAUUAUUUAUGACAUUGUUGUUAAAAGUGACUUUUUUUGCCACGCAGUUUUGUCUAGCAGUCUGGUUCAUAGAAUUUCACAUUCAAUACAGUAUCCAUUUUAAAGAAAUUAUGCAAAAUCUGUUUUGAAAUGUGUAUGCAUAGUACUUAUUCAUUCUGUGUCUUUGUAUGCACCAUUUAUACCGAAGCAAAUUCCUCGUAUGUGUUAACCUACUUGAUAAUAAAACCAAUUCUGAUUCUGAUUAAAAAACACAAGGGCUCUCACGUAAGCAUUUUGACAAAAAUAAAGCCUCGAAAAACAAAA